AGGGCCACUCCACCACCAGAGAGUGGCUGUGUGCUGGCGUCCCAGAGGUGAGGGCCGAGGAUGGAGAGCAUCUCGGGGACCCAGAAGAUCGUGCCCUGCCUGAAAGCUCAGCCUGACAGCCUGAAGGCCCUGCCCUAACGCAGCUUUGGCAGCUGCCUGGCGACUCCUCUCCGGCGCCUCUGCACAAACGGCUCCUCAACAUGAGACGCAGUCUCCACUUGACCUUCAUGUGUCUGAGUCUCUUCGCUGGAAGGCUGUGCGCCCGGGGGAGUCGGUUCAACGUGGAGGUCAGCAGAAGUGACAAGCUCUCCCUGCCUGGGUUUGAAAACCUCACUGUGGGCUACAACAAAUUUCUCAGGCCCAAUUUUGGCGGAGAGCCAGUCCAGAUAGCCCUGACGCUGGACGUUGCGAGCAUUUCCAGCAUUUCAGAGAGUAACAUGGACUACACGGCCACCAUAUACCUCAGACAGCGCUGGACGGACCAGCGGCUGGUCUUCGAAGGCAACAAGAGUGUCACCCUGGACGCGCGCCUCGUGGAGUUCCUCUGGGUGCCGGACACGUACAUCGUGGAGUCCAAGACGUCCUUCCUCCACGAGGUCACUGUGGGAAACAGGCUCAUCCGCCUCUUCUCCAACGGCACAGUCCUGUACGCACUCAGGAUCACGACGACUGUCGCGUGUAACAUGGACCUGUCUAAAUACCCCAUGGACACCCAGACGUGCCAGCUGCAGCUGGAAAGCUGGGGCUACGACGGCAGCGACGUGGAGUUCAGCUGGCUGCGCGGGAACGACUCCGUGCGCGGGCUGGAGAACCUGCGGCUGGCUCAGUACACCGUGCAGCGCUAUUUCACCUCGGUCACCCGGACGCAGCAGGAGACAGGAAAUUACACGCGGUUGGUCUUGCAGUUCGAGCUUCGGAGGAAUGUCCUGUAUUUCAUUUUGGAAACCUACGUCCCUUCCACGUUCCUGGUGGUGCUGUCCUGGGUUUCGUUUUGGAUCUCCCUCGAUUCGGUUCCGGCCAGAACCUGCAUUGGAGUGACCACCGUGUUGUCCAUGACCACGCUGAUGAUCGGGUCCCGCACUUCUCUUCCCAACACCAACUGCUUCAUCAAGGCCAUCGACGUGUACCUGGGCAUCUGCUUCAGCUUCGUGUUCGGGGCCCUGCUGGAGUACGCGGUCGCCCACUACAGCUCCUUACAGCAGAUGGCAGCCAAAGACAGGGAGAUGCGGAAGGAAGUGGAGGAGGUCAACAUCACUAACAUCAUCAACAGCUCCAUCUCCAGCUUCAAACGGAAGAUCAGCUUUGCCACCAUUGAGAUUUCGGGGGACAACGUCGACUACAGCAACCUGACUAUGAAAACCAGCGACAAGUUCAAGCUCGUCUUCCGAGAUAAGAUGGGAAGGAUUGUUGAUUAUUUCACCAUUCAAAACCCCAGUAAUGUUGAUCGAUAUUCCAAGCUAUUAUUUCCUCUGAUUUUUAUGCUAGCCAAUGUGUUUUACUGGGCAUACUACAUGUAUUUUUAAGAGUACGUUGAAUAAUUUGCAUGCCAUAGGACUUCAACAGGAUGAGAUGAAAUGGUAUUCAGGCCAAGCGUGCACCCCAACCCAAUGGUCCUACAAGUACCAAAAGCAACAAUUGAGCAUUUCUUCUCAAAGAAUGGAUGACCCCCCUCAACCAUUAUUUAAGCUUGUAGGGGCCCUAGCAUUACAAAGUAUUGGAAUAGAAACAUCAAUCCAUUUUUUUUUAUCUUUACAAAAUCCAUGCCCAUGGAGCCCAAGUUAUAGACCUACCCAGGACUGGCCGACUGCUCAGUGGCUCCCUGGGCUGUGUUCAUUACCUCAUUUAAAAAAAAAACUGAGAAGGAGGCCAUUACAGGCAUUGAGUAACCCUCAAGGGAAAAAGGUUGCUUGUGAACUAAUCAUACAUGCUAUUUAAUAAAUCUCUGCAAUGCUUAUAAAACACAUUGAUCCUAUUUAGGGAGCAACAUUUUUCAGUUUUUGUUUCUGAUUAAAAUGAAAUGUGGCCCUAAGUCAAUGGACCAGAGGUCACUGUAUUAACUCAAUACCAAGGGGAGUUUUUAAUACAGUAUUUAAUACCACACCAGAAUUGUCCCCAACUUCCAAUAAGUCUUACCAUUGAAAAGUCCAGUGCAAUUGAUGAAAAGUUUUGGGGGUCAAUAACCUCACACAUAAACCCCCUUGUUUCUAAGAUACAGAAUGGCUCCGCCAAACUGGAAGGGCUCUGGGGCUUCAUUCCCCACUUGACAUGUCUCAUCCCUUUACUAGUAUCCGACACCAACCCUCAGCAUCGCUAAAGCCCUUCCCCCAUAUCAGGGAUGGAGAUGGAAGCUGUUGUAUUUUUCAGCUUAGUGCUAGGAGUCUUAGUGCGGACUGUUGCCGGGGAGACCGGCCGCAUUGAGUCCGUUUCUCUCUGCUCCCCUUUCCCAGCCGCAGACCCCCUGCAUCCCUCUGAGAAGAGCUUUGGUCCCCACGCUCUGAUGACCAGGAGUGAUGCUUAUCAGCCAGUCACCCGCGUUUCCCGGGAGCAUGCGGUGCAGCACCAGCAAGCUUGGCUAUGCCCAAGGCCCGGAUGCAUGUAGCUGAGUUGCUCUGAGUAGCUUGGCCCUGUGUCCUGAACUUUCUGCGUGACAAGGGGACUUGUUACAGAACCUACGUUCAGGCUGCAGGUGGACCAGCCCCUCUCACCCUAAGAUCACAAGAACACGCACGCACCUCUCUUUGCUCCUUGGCUACGUUCAGCCAGCAGCAUCCCGAGUGGCCAUCUGUGAGUGUUCUGUGAUAGAGCUUCUGGUUCAGUCUCGGCCAUGUGGAAGAAUCUUGCCGCCUUUCAUUCUUUAGCUUCCUUUUCGAAUAAACGCAUGCCCUCAGAAAGAA